UCCGGUAAAGAGAAGGAAGUGUUGGUCUGCUGGAGACACACCUCAACAUCAUGAGAUUAUGACACGGUGAAGGAGAUAUCAACAUAACGACAUGGGAAACUGUUUUGGGAGAUGCUUCGGCAUUUCCAGCAAAAAGAGGAAGUAUCUGAGAACAAGAUACAGUGUGGAAAGAGACAUAUCUGUGGAGUUUGAAAACCUCAUGGAUGAUGAUAACCAAGUCGAUGAAAUGAGCAGGUUGGUGACCGAGAGGGAAAAACAACUAAUAGCUUCAAAACAGUACACCGAACUCUUACAUGAACAAAAACAGAUUGAUCAUAAAAUUGAUAAGAAGCUUGCACAACAAGAGGAAGAGCUCCGAUUAGAAGAGGAAAAAUUCUACGAAGCGAAGAGGGAGGCAGCUAGAACAGCUAAAUUACAAAGGGCUAAAGAAACAGCAACACGGAAUAAAAACUCCAACCGGAAAUCAAAGUCCUGGCUAGGAGACGACGAGGGGGAGUGGGAAGUUGCUGGGGGAGAAGAUGAUUUUGAAAUGUUUUUAGCUAGCGUAAAGGCCAGAUCUUAUAAAGCAACAGCACAUUUACGACAAGGUUCAGGCGACGGCCAAAGCUCCAAUAGUUCAGGGACAACACAGACGAGAGAUCGUUCUCACACAGAGGGUUCCUCUCUUGAUCUCGAGUGGGAACACGAAGAAGGUGUGGUACCUCAAAAGAAAACAAGGUCAUCAACGGAAGAAAAUUUAGUGACUGCAUUUGUUCAUAAAAGCAGAGACAGUCCUGUGAAUUCUACAGAUCUGGAAUGGGACAAUGACUUUGUCACGGCAGAAAGCACGGAAGAUACGGAGCACCUAUUGGCAGCGGAAAGGAAAAUUCAAGAGUUUUCAUCACGGUGACGUUAACCUAUCUCCGUGCAAAGCAUUCUGUGAAUAAAUGUGUUAUUUGUGGACAAAGGUCAGGAAAUGAGGGGGUAUUUAAUUAGGCUUGUCAAUUGACCAGUCUCGUGCGUUCCCUUAAAACAGUUAUGUUUCGGCACAUAUUUGGUCCAGUAUGAACAAAAUCAAAACUGACUAAUUGCUAUUUUAAAGAAAUAGUUACCGAAAUAUAUUAGCACAGUGAUUAAUUACCAUAUUGAGUUAUACUCAUUAAAACGUCUUGAGAAAAAGAAAUACUGUUUAAGUGGACAUUUUUGCGUGUGGAAAUGUUGGCGUUGUGACUCUUUAACUUAUGUGUGAUAUUGAGAAGUUAGCGUUGGCGAUGGUUCUGAAUCUAAAUAUUCUUUAUAUUUGUAAUCCUUAAAUAGGAAUUCGCGUGCUAAUUUACUCGCGAGUUUUUUCACACCGCGAAAAUUUCCACUGUUAACAGUAUAUAGUAAAACCUUGUUAUUCUGCCACGUUUGGUUCAGAGAAGUUUUGAUUUUGCAAAAGAGUUUGGUGAUAAAUCGAGUAAUAGGGGAAAAGGGACACUGCCAUAUGAUGGCAGUAAGUGAGGUGGCAAAUGGAGCGAAGGGCAUUAUAUAAAGGUUUACUGCAACAUAUUUGAAGCAGUAAUAUGAUAACAAAUAGCGUUGAAGAUGGACAAUUUAAAAUUAGAAGUCAUUAAAAGGGAAUUGUGCAUUAACAUUUUGAUAUUGAACGGUAUAUAAUAAUAUAUACGAUCAAUCACAUUUAAAGGAACGCUAUUGGACCAAGGAAGAGUUCGCCGUAUGCAUAAUUUGUUGUACAUGUGAAUAUUCAUGAGACCCCUUUCCUGUAAAGGAAACUUAUUUGACUGACUUUGGCAUCAGCAGGAAAUCCCCAUAAUCAUGAUUAUGUACGGUUUUCUGGUAUGGUUUAAUUGUUAUGUGGACAACGAUUAUUUGAGUUUGCAUUAUUUUGCAAAUAUCUGUACAAUGUUAUUUCCAUGGAAGUGUUGCGUAAUUGUACUCUAUUAGCUCUAGGAAACGUAUCUCAUUUUUCGACCGAUUCAAUUUCUAUAAAUUUAUGUCAUCUUCAGUAAAGCUGCUGUACCCCAGUCUAUUCCAAAUUUGUGACUAAAUGACCUUGGAUGACAUCCUAAAACAAAAAUAAGUUUGCUUCAUUUUGCUAGUCUUACGCUCUACCGAACGAGCUAAAAAUAUUCUCUUUCGUCGAGUCGGUAGGAAGCAGCUAAUAUUUGACUAGGAUGACAUACUCCCCUUCCAGGAAAUAACUCGUCCCAAGUUUUCUAGGGAUCGAAGCGACUCUUGUGAAAGUAUCGCUGAGUAUUUUUGUCAAUAUUCCUCGGGUCUUCACGUGGGUAUCGAUGUAUUCUAAGUCAUUAUUCAAAUGCUUGCACUAUAUGGGUCGAACCCGGGACCUCUGCCUUACUAGUCUCACGCUCAACCGAUUAAACUAAAGAGAAAUUCUCUCUAGCCGAGUCGAUAGGAAGUGGCUAGUAUUCUACGAAGGUGAUAUCUAAAGUAUUUGUAAUAAAAAAUGAUCAGAUAAUGAUAUACGGUUCCUGAAGCUAAUACUUGAUAUACUUGAAAACCAAAGUUAUUAUAAUACGUGUCGAUGAGCUGAAAGUGGGUGUGUCCGUUCAUAUCCAUGACGCUAUAAAUAUGCUCAUUUGUUUUGUUUUAAUAAUGAUAAAGAUGGAUUUUUCGUUUUUUAUUUUUUGUUUAUUUUCUUAAAUU